UAUAGGUCAUCCAUUAACUCCCCUUGCAGUCAAUGAUUAUCGAUUACAACUCCACCAAUACAAAGUUCAGUAAUAACAGUGAAAAUGAUUGAAAAGGGACCAUCAUGGCGUUAAAAACAUCUUCCUGCAGGCUUUUAUUUAAAUUCAUCCAUCAAGGUGCUGUGGCACCGCUCGCUGGCCAAAACGCACUCCGCUCCGUGCUGGGAUGGAGCUCCACGAGGGGAUACUACAACUCUGGAAAGCCCAGUUAUGCUGGAGCCGGAGGGGCGGCCCACGUCCGGGUGGUGGACCUCCGUAGCGACACGGUGACCAAGCCGGGUCCGGCCAUGCGCCAGGCAAUGGCGGAGGCCAAGGUGGGAGACGAUGUGAUGGGAGAAGACCCGACAGUUAACGAGUUACAGAAAAUUGCAGCGGAUAUCUUCGGGAUGGAGGCCGCCCUUUUCGUCCCCUCUGGAACGAUGAGUAAUCUCAUUGCAGUGAUGGUGCACUGCAGGGAGCGGGGCGACGAGGUAAUCGUGGGGGACUUGUCCCAUUUACACAUCUAUGAGCAAGGAGGUAGCGCUCAGCUGGCUGGCGUGCACUCCACCACGGUGACCACGCUCCCCGAUGGGACGUUUGACCUGGAGCAGCUGGAGUCAAAGAUCCGCCACGGUUACCCAGACCCCCAUUACCCACGAUCACGGCUCGUAUGUGUGGAAAACACGCACAACAUUCAAGGAGGACGUGUGCUACCUCUGGCUUUUCUGCAGGAGGUGCGUGCUUUAGCAGAUCGAUAUGGUCUGUCCGUUCACAUGGACGGAGCCCGGAUAAUGAACGCCGCUGUAGCUCAGGGAGUGCCUCCAUCUGCCAUACUGCAGCACACAGACACUGUUAGUGUGUGCCUCUCCAAGGGUUUGGGUGCCCCAGUUGGUACCAUGCUGGCUGGACCUCAGGACUUCAUAUCCAGAGCGGUACGGUGUCGCAAAGCACUCGGUGGGGGAAUGCGGCAGGCCGGCAUACUCGCAGCAGCUGGAAAACUCUCCUUACAGAAUAUGGUUGGAAGACUGGAGGAGGAUCACCGCAAUGCAAAAACGUUUGCUCAAGCUCUUCUCGACUGCAAUCCUAACUUGUUCGCUGUUGACUUGGCUGCCGUGGAGACAAAUAUCCUGCGUUUCCGCCUGCAGGAUCUCAGUUUGAGUCCUUGCGAGUUCUGUGACCGCAUGGCUCAGGUUAGCAAGAGUGAGGAGGCUGCACUCGGGCAGGGGAUACAAGUUCUCAUGUACCCUCAUUUUGGGAACUCUGUCAGGGCCGUGUGGCAUCUUGGGAUUUCUCCUGAGGACACUCAGCUGGCCAUCCAGAAAAUGCAGUUUGUGGUUUCUCAGCAUGUGAUGGAAAAUAUCAGGGCCCAGUGAAACCCAAGUCAGGAUGAAACCUGAUCUUAGAAUGAUUACAGAGUAAUGUAGACUGUGAAAAAUGGGACAAACACUACUAAAAGCACUAAGGAUGUAAAUCUGUUAAUGUUAAUUAAGAACAGUGUCUUGAAUUUUAUUUUGCGCCCUUAUGAUUUAUCUUUUAUUAAAGAGAUGUGUGCAAAUACAACAAAUGGCACAGAUGAUGACCUUGGUCCAUUUUAACUGUGCAUGUGUGCAGCUCUCGACUGUAAGAAUUUAUAUUAAUGCUUUUUUAAAUCAUUAAUAUACAUUCUUUAUAUUAUAUUAAUGAAUAUAAUAUUGAGGACUCUGUUGGAAAAUGGCUGAUAUUUCUGUGUACUGCUUAAAUUUUAGCAAACUUUAGAAAUCUGUCAACAAUUUUGGCAACUUUUAUUAUCGCUGACUUUCUUUAUUUGAUCAAACGUAAAUAAAAGCAAUAAUAAAAACAUGAAA